UUGCUAACUUUAGGUGUUACCGGCAGUUUACCAGUCAACCGAGAUUCCAGCCAUCUUCGUUGUCACGAUGAGCAUGACAAUAGCCUUGUCUCCAUCACGUUUGAGGAUGCCCGCAAGGAUAUAGAAUCCAUCGAUCAAAGAGAGUCAACCGAGAAGUCUGGCACAGGAUUUCUGCCCACUGAGGUCUACAACUCAGAAGAAUCUGCCUAUUGGCAUGCUGUAGGCUCAGCCAACCCGGUGACCAAUGACCAGUCAUCGUACGGAGACUUUUCAACACUCACUGAUACGGCAUUGGCAGCUGCAGAUGAGCGACUUACGUCGUCGAUGCCUCCUUUUCCUGUCGUCAUGUACCCAAGUCAGCGGCCCGACUUCUACGCCGCCGGAGAGCAAAGAUACCGGUCAUUCACCCGGCCCAGCGGGGUCUAUGAUGCCACGGCGGUGAUGGCACCUGCUGCCGCAUCUUCCCUGGCCUUGACGCCUUGCCGAGAUGACCUGUCUGCAUUCGGCUCUCCAACCUGCUCUUCUUCCUCGAGACAGUCCUCGAGCCAGGCCUGGCUCGAGAGCCUGGCUGAGGUGGCCGUCUCCAAGAGCCAUAGACCAGCGCCGCCGCCACCACCUCCUGCCGAGGCUAAUCGCGCCUGUCUACCAACCACGGAUACAUCGGACGUCUUUAAUCGGCACCCCACACUCUACCAAUUGCCGUACACGCAGGCGGAACAUGGUACGUCACGGGCCUGUCAGGACUUUGAAGACUUUGGCAGUCGGCCACAAGUGACCUUCCGGCUGGACAACCUUCUGUUGACCCCGAGGUCAAACGAAGAGCAGCCUCAGCUGGUGAAGAAGCCGCCCAGCCUCGUCGUGUCAACCGGUGACGGGCAUAGACACGAAGAGGCGACGAGAACUGGAGGCGAGGAGAACCGGGCGCAUAAGGAAAGCAAGUAUCUCAACGGGUCUGGAUUCACAGAUCGUCUGAACAAUGAAGUGGACAAUCCUCAUUUGGACGGAGAAGAUACACUUGCAAUCUAUCCAAGUAAGGAGGCUGGUUUGUUCGGUCUCCACGCCUCCAGAGCGAAAUGGCAGAAAGGAGGCAACACUAACGAGCCGGAAAGCUCUCCUGUCCACCGGGACUCUCCG